AUGGUAACAGCCAGCACCCAACAACCAACUGCCAACAGGGCGCCGCCAAAGCAGAUUAAAUACACACAACUCCCUGCCACAGAGUACACUCAACGCACCCUGGGCCAGAUGAACGGAUUCGUAAUCGAGACGGAUCAGAUUCAAAUGCGUCCCCUCCAUCUCGAACGUGAUGCACCCUUACUCUGGGAGGUCUACAAGAACCACACCGAGAUCUUUAAAUACUUCCCAGGAGGCAGCCAUCCCAACUACCAGAGUUUUUAUGCGGAACAGGAGAGAUUCUGCAAGAGCCCUGAUUUCUUCAAUUGGACCGUCUACGUCGCUGCGCCGGCCAAGAAGGAGGACGAGGAGAAGGGGGAGAGGAAGUGGGUCCUGUGCGGGUCCAUCUGUCUGCUAGAUAUCGUCCUCCACUUCCGCCGGUUCGAAGUCGGCUCGAUCUGGUUCCACCCUUCCGCCCAGGGGACAUUCGUCAUGGUCGAGACCACCUAUGCCCUCCUGAGGUUCUCGUUCGAGAAACUCCAGGCCGGUCGAGUGCAAUGGAAGACCCAUCAUGAGAACAUUGCGAGUCAGAAGGCCGCCUUGAAGUUGGGGUUCCGGGAGGAAGGGUUGUUUAAGAAGCAUAUGAUCCAUGCCGAUGGGACUUGGAGACAUACUUAUUUUUAUGCGAUGACGGAUGAUGAGUGGUUCGGGAAGGUUGAGGAGACCAAGGAUGGGCGUAGGGGAUUGGAGGUUGUGCCUGGGGAUGAGAGUGGCGAGGUUGAGGGGAGAGUGGAGGGAAGGGAGGGCUUGCAGUGGAGGUUGGAGGGUGUUGUUGAGGGACGUAAGCGGGAGGGAAAGGCUUUGCCUGAGGGGAUUGCUUGGGGCGAGCCCUUGAACUGA